GCUAAAAUCAAAUUGAAUCAAUUAAAACAAAUGGAACAUAAUCGUCUGAAUACAAUGAUAAGUCAUGAAGAAGCUUCAUCAAUUGCUAAAUAUAAUCUUUAUUGUAAACGACGUAGUAAUGUUAAUCAACUGAAAAGUGAAAAAAAUCAAAAGUUAAUGGAAUUAAUGAAUAAAAAGAAGCAACAACAGGCUACAAUCAAUGAAUUAGCUAAAGAGAUUUCUACUUCACAUAGAAAUGCUAAAAUUGCCAAAAAGAAAGUGAUAAAAGAAAAACAUAAAUUAGUUAGUGAAAUUGUUAAAGAAAAGAAACUGUUACAUGAUGAAGCUUAUAAGAAAUUUGAAGAAGAGAAGAAAUUGAAGAAAGAGUUAAUUAAAAAUAUCCAAGCUGAAGAAUCAUCUGCGAUUAUGACGAAAUCAUUGACUACUAAACAGGCAAAUAUACAUCAGUUCCUUGGUGACGAGUGACAAUAAAUACGAAACCUAGAGAAAGCAAGACUUCCAGUUGAUUACCUCCAAUCAACUAAUAUCCAUCCAAGUAUACCGUGAUAGUGGCUCUUCUUGCCUUGGUGGUCAUAUUGAAAAUAUGAUAUAUGGAAUUCAGUCAGUACUCAGAACUAGACAGUAUGAUAGCUCUCUAGUGCUCCAUCAAUGUACAUCUUCAUGUAUGCAUACAGUUUUGAAAGUGAAUAGACAGCUCUAUAGUAGAGUAGUUGAUUAAUUUAUUCAAAUUGAUCCCAAAAAAACUUUAAAUCAUCCAUGAAGAUUAUUCCAACUGAGGAACAACAUUAUAAAUCAGAAUAUGACUUGGUUGUUUGAUUUUAAAUUGGUCAAACUCUUACCAGUCACUUUACAUUCAACACAGAGGUAGAAAUAUAGUAAUUGUUACAACUGA